GUCUAGAAUGGUAAUGAACCCUCGGGGACACCAAAAGAGUCGACCUCACUGGUCACUGUGACAGGAGAGAGCCGCACCCUCUCUCGGAUGUAUAAACACAUUCACAUGCAGACAGCACAAAUCAGUGGAUGUAUUCCUAGAAGAACCAGCCUUAUUGUUCUGGCUGAAGUUCAGGUCUGGCAUAUUUGUGGUUGCAAAUACAGUUUACAUUGGGCUAUUUACUAUAAGAUAUCUUAAGUUGAGUACUUGAAAUUCAUUAAAUGAUUCCCAGUUUCAACAGACAUAUCUUGCACGGCCUUAGCCUCUUCACAUUUGCUGCGUUCUUGUUGUAGAUUCACACUACUUCAGUGGUACUGGAUGUUUUUUGGGGGGAAUACGUCAAUAUUGUGCUGAGAGAAAGGGUUUGUCUGCCUGUGAGGGAUGACCUCAUCAAGCCGAGGUUGAAGACCUGGUUCAGUAAGUGUUCAGCAGCAGUGUAGUCGAGGAGAGAGGGAGGGCCAGAGUGGACAAUCCUCCUGUGAGAUCACUCUUUGAACCAAGUCCAUUGACUUUCGAAAAUGGUCCCACCAAGAGUUACUUUUGGACUGUUUGGCGCAGCGUGAUAACGUUUUACCCAGACAUCUUUGUGCCUCAGACAUGUGAUAGUCUGCCCGCCCACUGGGUUUAAAUGGCCUGUGAGCAGGAAGCAUCUGUUAGCUCAGAGACAGGAACAGGAACAUCAGCCCUCACCUCUCAUUGACAAAAGAGAAAUAAACCAACAUUUCAGACUCCACUCACCAGGCUUGAUGAGCCUGCCAGAUCGGUGGUGUUCACCAGAGUCACCCCAUUUUCUGUCACACCUCCCCCCGCCACCACCCCACCACCCUGGGACAAAAGACCCCCACAUCCCUCGGGGCCCCACAGACCGUGAGAGCGACAGAGAAGAGGAGCAGGCGGAGGAGGAGGAGGAGCGAGAGGAUUAGAAACCGUGCUGCGUCACAUCCGUCCCGUCGGAGGGGGCAGGGCUCGAGAACGGCGGAGGGAGGGAGCGAGCGAGCGCACGAGCGAGAGAGAGAGAGAGAGAGAGAGCAGUCCAGCGAAGAGAGAAGCAGCAGCAGCAGCUACGCACUCGCUCCCACUCACACGCAGCACAGCAGAAAGAGAGAGAGAGAGAGAGAGAGAGAAAGACAGGAGCCCCAGCAGCGCGCGGAGUGUUUGUCCUCUCCGGUGAUCAUGUGUCAGAGCAGGAGCGUGCAGAGGGCGGCGUGGAACUCAGGGAAAUGGUGAGAUGCUGCAGAUCUUUGCACAGCCCUCCGUCUUGCUACAAUCUCCACAGAGUUAGGGUUGAUGCGCGCAGGCUCCGGCCUCAGAGCUCAGCAGGAGCAGGGGAGCUGCAGGGAGGCAGCGCAGGAGGAGGAGGAGGAGGAGGAGGAGGUGGCCCCGGGGCUGGCGGAGCCUCUGCUCUCAGCCACCGAAACAGAUUCAGGUUACAGUUCCCCCAGUUGGCCUUGCGGCGGCGCUUGGGUCAGCUGAGCUGCAUGUCCCGGCCCGCCCUGCGGCUGCGCUCCUGGCCGCUCUCCUUCCUCUACUAUGUCCUGCCCCUCAGCGCUCUCAAACCCCUGGCCAAGGUGGGCUGGAGACCCACCUCCCGAGUGGGGCUGUACAAGACCAUCCCCACGCGGCUGCUGUCGCGCGCCUGGGGCCGCCUGAACCAGGUGGAGCUGCCCACCUGGCUGAGGAAGCCGGUGUACAGCCUCUACAUCUGGACGUUCGGCGUCAACAUGCAGGAGGCGGCCGUGGAGGACCUGCACCACUACCGCAACCUGGGAGAGUUCUUCAGGCGCAAGCUCAAGCCCCAGGCCCGGCCCGUCUGCGACUCGCACUGCGUGAUCAGCCCGGCAGAUGGCAAGAUCCUGCACUUUGGGCGGGUGCGUAACUGCGAGGUGGAGCAGGUGAAGGGGGUGACCUACUCUCUGGAGACCUUCCUGGGCCCACACACCUGGGCGGAGAGUCUCGUAGACGCCACCAGAAAUGAGGACGACGCCAGCUCGUUCCAGGACCUGCUGGUGACGAAGGAGGGGAACGAGCUCUUCCACUGUGUGGUGUACCUGGCGCCUGGAGACUAUCACUGCUUCCACUCCCCCACAGACUGGACCGUGGCCCACCGACGCCACUUCCCUGGCUCUCUGAUGUCCGUGAACCCGGGCGUGGCGCGCUGGAUCAAGGAGCUGUUCUGUCACAACGAGCGGGUGGUUCUGAGCGGGGAGUGGACCCAUGGCUUCUUCUCUCUCACCGCUGUGGGAGCCACCAAUGUAGGGUCCAUACGCAUCUACUUUGACAAGGAGCUGCGUACCAACGCCCCCCGCUACAGCAAAGGCUCGUACAACGACUUCAGCUACAUCUCCAACAACAACCGCGAGGGCGUGGCCAUGAGGAAGGGCGAGCACCUGGGCGAGUUCAACCUGGGCUCCACCAUCGUGUUGCUCUUCGAGGCCCCCAGGGACUUUGCCUUCAACCUGAAGGCGGGCCAGAAGAUCCGCUACGGGGAGCCCCUGGGCUCCAUGUGACCGGGCCUCACGGGGGUGGGGGGAGUCGUCUACCGCGAGGACGGACUGACUGUCGGCGCGUCCGGCGAGCUGUGGAGCGCGGCAGGCGGACUUGCGCACGGGCGACGAAUCCAUGCGGACUGGCACGCCUCGUACCGCAGGGAGAGGAAGAGGACGUGUCGUGAUGCUCGCUCGCACGCACACACACACACGCAUCGCCACUGACUCAUUUGCACACACACAUCAACCCUGAGUCGCUCGCAAUAGACACACGCGCACACCGAUGACUCGCUCCGAGCAGACGCGCUCGCGCGCACCAUCCCCACGUCUGUUGGACAUCUCCGUUCAUCUGCAGGGGGGUUUCAGUCGCUAUCACAUUCUUUCAGUUGUACGUUCAACUGCAAAGGACGCGCUGUACAUAGACUGACGAAGUUCAAACUCACAGCAACUAGGUUUACCAUGAAAACUAACACAUAGCUUUUUAUUUUUGUUAUUUUGUUAUUUACCCAUAAUGCCUUUUUCGUCAGGGGUCUCCUCCUCAGGGGAGAUGUUCCGACUUGAGAUGACAGACGCGCGCGCACACACACACACACACACACACAUACACACAUACACCAUGAAGAAAGAAUGUACCAGAUACUUUAUAUACCCAACAUUCUCUCCCUCAACUCUGAAAUGCCUUCCUCCUCUCCUCAGUCUGUCACGCACUUUCCCCAUCCAAGUCGGCUUUUACUCCACCCCCCACACCCCCAUCCCCCCUACUCACCCACCCUCCACUACCCCCCCCACCCAACCUGAAGGAUCUCUGACUGAGGACUCCCUCACCUAGACAGAGGGGGACAGCAGGUGGAGGAGGAAGAUGAGAUGAGAGGGACUGUCCGGGAAUGUUCUGUCUGAUCUCUCCGCCCUCUCAGCCAUGCAUCGUCUUAGCCCACCUUGACCCUGAGGUGCUACUAACCCUGUCAUGCACUAACCCUCCGUAGAGCUGCCAGGGUCAGUCAGCCCUGCCAUCCACCGUAUCCCAGCCCCACAUGGGCAGCGGCUGCUGCAAAGUCUUGAAAUAGACUGGAGGUUCCUUUGUUUUAGCGGACGAGGAGGAUGUUGAGGAAGACUUCUUGAGUGAGGGGCAGCCGUUUCUGUGGUGAUUGAUGAUGAUGUUGAUGAUGCUAAUAAUGACGAUGAUGACGUGUGUUUACCCAUCCAAACCAUUGAGAGUAAAGCCUGCCCUAUUUGUCUCCUGCACAAUUCCUGCCUGACCUUUAGAGCUGAUCUCUCCCCCCCCCCCAACUGCCUUGGCAAUGACUAAAAUACAGGCGUGCCAGCCAGCCAGCCAGCCCACACAGUGGAGUCAGCAGUUAGGGGGAAACAUGGCACUGGAGGGAGCUCUCCAUUCUUCCAUCCAGUGGGCGGGGCUUCUGAUCUAGAAUCAACCCUUUAAACCAGAUGGGCCAAUGGUGUUCCAGCCUGGAAGAGGAGUAGCUGAUUAUUGUGAAGCUUUCCCAGGUCACCAAUACCCAGGGCUCAGAUUAUCACAGCUACGAUCUUCUUCUGUACGACGGUUUAUUUUUUACUUUUUAUGUUUUGUUCUUCUAGUAGUGCCAAAAAUUAUUUUUGGGUUAUUGUAUUUUCAAUUGUCUUUCUUUUUUUCUUUUUUUUUUGAUGGAUUGUUUUUGGUUGUUAAAGGUGUUGACUUGUCUUCACUGCGUUCUCGUUGUGUUGCUGCUCAGCUUCACUGCUGGAGCGUCUUAGGGGAGGACACUUCACGCUCUAACCUAUUCUAAAAAGGAACUCACAAUUUUGAACUUUGACCUCUGGCCGAACGGUGAAUACAGAAUGUGGGCUGGGUUAGGGUGAUUUGGGGUCGAGGGGGGUCAUUUAUCUUUUGGUUACACCAAAACGCCCCUGACUACUUUGCCACAGAAACCAAACACCAGGAGGAUGUCUCCUAGCAACAGCCCUGUUGCACACUUGUUUUUCUAUGUCCAUUGUAAUAUACUUGAAUCAUGUGACUCAUUCUACACUGCAUAGAUUUUAAUCUCAAAGUAGUUUGAAAGAAAAAAAAGAAGCAAGAAACAUGUCAUUAAUAAAUUUUUGCGUAUUCUUAAAAAAACAAA